AUGGCAUCUCUUCGUCUUUGCAGGGACACAAUGGAGACAGGGGAGCACAUGAGGCUGGUCAAAGCUGACACUGAUGCUUCCAGAUACGAGACCACCCGCUUGGAGGAGGAGCUCAUCACGGCUCCUCUAUUCUCGCUCUCCGCUUGUGAGACUUUGGAUAACGACCGUCUGAAUAGUGAGGAAACUCCCAACGGAGACCGAACUUAUCCACAAUAUGGACUUCUUGGUCUACGCAAUCGAGCUACUGGCAACGCACCGACACAAGAUGAUCUUGUGUAUGCCAACGUGUCGGCACCCUGGUCUGCCUUCAUCUGCGGCAGCCAAGGAAGUGGCAAAAGUCACACCAUGUCCUGCCUCUUGGAAAACUCAUUGAUCGCAUCCUCCCCUGCUGGGAAGCUGUCGUCACCUCUGGCCGGACUAGUCAUUCAUUAUGAUAAGUUCACGGCCUUUUCUAGCACACAGCUCUGCGAGGCGGCAUAUCUGCACUCAUCAGACAUUCCUGUCAGAGUGUUGGUAUCCCCCACUAAUUACCUUGCAAUGAAAAAGGCAUAUGAGGCACUGGCAGACGGUUCGAAAAUGCUCAAAGUUCAGCCAUUGUAUCUGCCCCAGAAGGAUCUGAACAUUGGCAUGAUGAAGACCCUGAUGGGCAUCGGCAACAGAACCGAGCAGCCCCUUUACAUUGAGGUCGUUAUGAAGAUCCUUCGGGAUAUGGCCAUAGCCAACCAAGGUAGAUCUGGAUUCAACUACAGCACAUUCAAACUUCUUCUUCAGCGCGAACAGUUCUUGAAAGGCCAGCUUAUGCCUCUUAACAUGCGCUUGGGGGUUCUUGAAUCGUUCUUCGAACCUGGUUCUGUGCCUGGUGUAAGUCCAGAUAGGUCAAAGAACCCUGAUGUUGAUGAUGCCUGGAACUUUUCUCCGGGCACUUUGACAAUAAUCGAUUUGAGCUGCCCGUUUGUUGGCCAGGAGGAUGCAUGCGCUCUUUUUAAUAUCGCGGUUUCCUUGUUUUUGAAGAACCGUCACGACACGGGUCGCAUCAUUGCCCUAGAUGAAGCACAUAAGUUUAUGACUUCAGCUUCACCUGAAGCCUCAGAUCUGACAGAAACGCUGCUAUCUGUCGUCCGCCAGCAGCGACAUCUGGCCGCGCGUGUGCUGAUAGCAACACAGGAGCCAACUCUUGCACCGUCACUGCUUGAGCUCUGCAAUGUGACGAUUAUCCAUCGUUUCUCAUCUCCAGCUUGGUUCCAGGCAAUCAAGUCACAUGUUGCGGGAGCUGGGAUUGAGGAGCUUGGUCAGAAGACCACGGGCUCGUCGUCGAUUUUUCAGAAAAUUGUUCGUCUUCCGACUGGAGAGGCUUUGGUAUUUUGUCCAACAGCCCUGCUAGACAUUAUGAACCACGACGACCAGCAGAAUGAGGAGUUUUCAAGUGAUACCUCUGGUCGGUCAGGUACUUCAUAUGGCCCGUUCUGUGCAGACAGCACUCAUAUUUUUAUUGCCACACCCGACUCGGACUCUCAAGAUAAGCCAACUCCGCGUCGCGUUGUUCAGCUCGGGACAGCAUAUGCCCACAUUCGAGUGCGGAAUAGGAUCACCGUUGACGGUGGCCGCAGCGUACUGGAGCGUUAA